AUGACUAUCGAUAGAACUUAUCCAAUUUUUACAGUUAGGUGGUUGGCCGUGCACGGACUAGCUGUACCUACAGUUUUUUUUCUAGGAGCAAUAUCAGCAAUGCAAUUUAUCCAACGAUAA